AUGGUUGAGAACAAGGCAUUCAUCUACAAAGCCAUCCCCAAUGGCUGGCCCGUCCCAGGUAAAGACCUGACAGUCGAGGACAUUGGAUUCGACGAAGCCGCACCUCCACCCAAGGGCGGCUUCACCACCAAAAACUACUAUGCGGCAUACGACCCCAGCCAACGCGGCCGAAUGCGAGACCCGAGCAUUCAAUCGUACGUGGGGGCCAUGAACACGGGCGAGCCCGUCAUCAGCGUCAGUGUCAUCGGCAAAGUGCUGAAGAGCGACAACCCCAAGAUCCAACCGGGCGCCAUCGUCAUGUUGCUCGCCUCCGGCACCGAGUCGUACUCGAGAAAGGAAGAGUCGGCCGUCGCCACCACCGAGAUCAUCGAGCCGAAAGAAGGCGUGCCCCUGACCGCGUACCUGGGCCUGUUAGGCAUGACGGGCAUGACGGCCUACGGGUCGCUGCACGAGAUCGGGCAGCCCAAGAAAGGGGACGUGAUUCUGGUUUCUGCCGCCGCGGGCGCCGUGGGCCAGAUGGUGGGACAGAUUGCCGUCCGAGAAGGUCUACAUGUCAUCGGCUCCGUCGGCGACGACCGCAAACUGUCCUACAUCCUCAACGACCUACACUUCACCUCCGGGUUCAACUACAAGAAAGAGUCCAUCGCCGACGCCGUCAAGAGGCUCGCCCCCGACGGCAUCGACAUCUACUACGACAACGUGGGCGGGGAACUGCUCGACGUGGCGCUGGCCAACAUGAAGAACUUUGGCCGUAUCGUCGCCUGCGGCUCCAUCUCGACGUACAACAACGCGCGCGAGACGACGCCGUACGGCGUCAAGAACUACGCCUCGGUCGUGCGCAAGCGUCUGCGCUGGCAGGGGUUUCUGGUCUUCGACCCGAACAUCGCGGCGUGGCGCGCCGAGCGCGACGAGAAAGUCACCCAGUGGAUCCAGGACGGCAGCUUCAAGUCGGUCGACCACAUCACCGUGGGCAUGGACCACGCGCCAGAAGGGUUUUUGGGCAUGCUCCGUGGCGAGAAUUUGGGGAAGAGCAUUCUCAAGAUUGCGGACCCGGAAUAA